GCAGCCUGCAAACGCCGCAGCACGCGCGCGGGAGAAUGCUCACUUUCAUCCCCUGAACGAUUCGUCUCGACCGUAAUGCGAUAACGGUCGCAUACACUCGCCGCUGUCAUGUGGUUCCUGGAGCAUGAGUCGCUCUUUGGCGGCAAGCGUAUCUGGCUGCGACCCGGAACGCAGCAGCUCUUUGGUCGCACAAAGGCCAGCGGAGAAGGAAAGACCUGGAAGAUCGAUAACAAGGCUGUCUCGCGACAGCACGUUAUUAUCAAAGUCCUUGACGUGGCUCCAGACGUCGGCACCAAGCUGCACACUCGAUCGCAGGUUGAGAUUACAGAUCUCAGUUGCAGGCAGGGCACCGUCAUCGAUGGGCGGCAGAACUUGAAGAGCAGGAAAAAUGAUGACGGGUCGAUGGAGUACGCAAGAGUCAUACUGGACGGCACCCAGCACGAGAUUCGACUGGCCCAGAGCUAUGAGCCGUUCAAGGUCACCUGGAAGCCGCUCGUUUUCACAUACGCCUCAAAAGAGAGCAAGGAAUCAAAGGCCCGUAGCGCGAGGCUGCAUGCACUCGACUUCAAGACCACAACAGACUUUAUCUUUGGGAAGACGACCCACGUUGUGUCCCAGAAGCGCAACCUGCCUCGCGUGCUUUCAGGGCUCGUGGCUGGCAAGCACAUCGUGACGGAAGAAUUUCUUGAAGCUGUAAUUGAACGAGCCACUUCCACGCAAGACAGCGAAUUUGGCUAUGUACCUUCGCCGCUAGAAGAAUCGUACGACGACCAGUGGCCAAAAGAGGAAGAGUACACUCCGCCAACAGCUACGGAACCUGUUCCGCGGCCACAGGAGAUGCUCAGGCCUGAUGUCUCGCGAUCAGAAGUUUUCUCCAAUCUCACAUUCGUCUUCCUGGACGAGAAGCAGCACAGUAGCUUGCAAGAUCCCAUUGCUGGUGGUGGUGGGAAAGCGUUGCUCUACGAUCUGAAGCAUGGCGAAACAUCUGUUCAACAGUAUGUCGAUUACGUCCGAAGCGUAGCCGGUAAGAAGAAAGGUAGUCGCGCAAACAACGACAAGCUUCCUGUGAUUACGGUCCGCCUGCCAAUUGCAGCAGACAGCUCGGAGGAAUGGGCUGCAAAUUUCUUGAACGGCGUCGACAGAGCACUAAAUCAGCGUUCAAUCUUCCAAAAUGAGUUUCUCGAUAUCGUCAUCACCAAGGACAGAGCUACACUACAACAGUCGCCAGACAACGUUCCUGAAGUUGCACCAGGCGCACCACAAGCAGCGACUCGACAGUCUUUUCAGUAUACAUCAGCAGUUAACGCUCUUCCCGAAGCAUCUGAAACCUCUCUCCCCACCAACGAGCCCCUCAAGUCGAAUCCGCGCAAACGCAUACAUCGUCCGAAGACUACAAGUCGGUUUACCGGUUUCGACGACUACGAGCCGCCGCCAAAAGUUCGCAAGAUUGAAGACACCCAGAUGGAGGAUGUCAAACAAUCACUGCCACAAUCUGCCCGAAUGGCGACACAGGCGUCAGGGACUGCCACCACCCCUACAACUCAGACUCAGACCCAGAACCGCACACAAGGUCGGUUCGCACCGCCGUCACCCCCACACGAAACUGUUGAAAAAGAGGAGCAGAUGGAUAGUCUGUUUCCUGCUGCAGCAGAGAUCAAGCGCCGUCGAGCAGCCACACGCGCGCCUUCAGCGUCCGUCGAGCCUGAAACCAGCACACCGGUCACUCAGCCAAGAAAGCGCGGUGUAGAAGCUCUUGAGAAUCUACAACGGGUCAGACAGAAGGCAGACAAAGACAUCAAUGUCCGCGAGCAUACGCGGCUCCGCAUGCAAGAGGAGGAGAAACGGCGCCAGGCUGACGAAGAGAGUCUGCGGGAGCAACUAGAAGGUAUUGAUAUCGAAGCGAUGAAGAACCUCGCUGUGAUUGAAGAAAUCGAAGUCCUGCCCCGCGCGCAACGCAAUGGCGAUAAUCUGCGCACACCAGCUGAAGCUCGCGCCCAAGCAAGGAGCGAUAGAUGGAAUCCGGCCUGGAAUGGGCGCAAGAACUUCAAAAAGUUUCGCCGGCGCGGCGCAGAAAAGGGCCUCGUUUCACACAAAGUCAUUGUCCCGCUCGAAGCAGCACCUCCGCAGCAAGGCUUCAGCGACUCAGCAUUCUUCCUUGACGUCAUCGAGCCGCGCCCCAUCGGCCUGGCGAGGAGACAGCGCAGGGAUGCAGUGAACGAGUCCGAGUCAGAGCCGGAGACGGGCUUCAGGGGGCGGAAGAGUAGGGCGCAGUCACAACGCCAGACGCAAUCGACACGUGAAGUCAUCGACGUGGAAGAUAGUGGGCCGGAUGAUGAGGAGGUCAUCGAGGUCCGGACGCAGAAGAGUAGUGGCAGGACGCAGCGCGUUGUCGAGACACAGGCGUCUGAGCCUGCGGGCAGAAAGAGAGCUGGCAGUGCGGCAAGCGGGCCGCCGGCUGCGAAGCGAAGCAGGGUCGUAAGUAGAGAUGACGACAGUGAUGAUGAGGAGACUGGGUUCAGACUCAAGCGGAGGUAGGCGGGUUUUCUGCAACACCUCCAGCAUAGGCAUGUUGUAGCAUAGCGAGCGAUACCCUAGCAUACAUAGUA